CACGCUAGCUUCUCUUGCUCCCUGCCUGCCAAAGAAAACGUCCGUGCCAUCCCCGCUGCCCGAUCGAGCUCUCUCUGGCAGCAAUGGCGUCCGUCACCGCCCGUGCCCCCGUUGCGGCGCUCCGGCCAUCGGCGGCGUCGCUCAAGUCUAGCUUCCUCGGGCAGCCGAGCACCCGCCUCGGCCGCGCCUCGACGACGGCGAGGCGUAAUGUUCGGGUGGAGGCCAAGGGAGAGUGGCUCCCUGGCCUCCCCUCACCCGUCUACCUCGAUGGCAGCCUACCGGGCGAUAACGGGUUCGACCCGUUGGGGCUGGCGGAGGACCCGGAGAACCUGCGGUGGUUCGUGCAGGCGGAGCUGGUGAACGGGCGGUGGGCGAUGCUGGGGGUGGCCGGGAUGCUGCUGCCGGAGGUGCUGACGAAGGCCGGGAUCAUCGACGCGCCGCAGUGGUACGACGCCGGCAAGGCGACCUACUUCGCGUCGUCGUCGACGCUGUUCGUCGUGGAGUUCAUCCUGUUCCACUACGUGGAGAUCCGGCGGUGGCAGGACAUCAAGAACCCCGGGUGCGUCAACCAGGACCCCAUCUUCAAGAGCUACAGCCUGCCGCCGCACGAGUGCGGCUACCCCGGCAGCGUCUUCAACCCCCUCAACUUCGCGCCCACCCUCGAGGCCAAGGAGAAGGAGCUCGCCAACGGGAGGCUGGCGAUGCUGGCGUUCUUGGGGUUCCUGGUGCAGCACAACGUGACGCAGAAGGGCCCGUUCGACAACCUGCUGCAGCACCUGUCUGACCCGUGGCACAACACCAUCAUCCAGACCCUGUCAGGCUGAUCUAUUUGAUCAAAUCACACACCUUAAUCUCUGCAGGGAUGGAUGGAAAACCACGCACGCGUGCACUGCAUUGAGUUCAGGCUGGCGAGGAGAUGUUCUUGUUUUCCCCUUCUCAUUUCUCUCUUCGUUCUUUCUGUGGAGUAUGUAUAAGCUGUAAUCAAUUGGGAGGAGAUGGAUGUGAUUCAGGCUUAACUGUGUGUGUGUGUGUGUGUUCUGGUAAUUUCCUUGCAUGGAUCUGGGUGCAUGGUGAUUGAUCCAGGGGUGGUGAGUUGAGUGGUGGUGAUCUGCUUAUGUACAGUACUACAGGGGAAGCUAAAAUGGUAGCAGCAGCGUUGUAGCUAUCUCAUGGGGUCUCGAUCUUAAUUAUGGUGGAUGAACUAUGAUUAAUUGCCUUUUCA